AUGCCCGGUUCAGCAAUCGAAAAUGAGAACGAGCACAAUGAACACUGCGGUACAACAACAACAAGCAGACUCCGCAAAUUCGACAAACAGCUCCUAGACCAAGCCGCGCCGACAAGUUACAUGGACGAAGACGACCAGAUUGAAUAUAUCCACACUUUGAACCUCUACAACUUGCAACAAUACAUGCUCUACAUGAGAUGGGUGAUGUAUCUAUACACCGUGGAAAUAAUCGCCACGAUCGCGACGCAGCUCGUCGCGAAAGAAGCCCACAUCGUCAACUUGUUGUUCCUCCUUGGCAUUUGUCUAAACAUAAUCUGCAUCAUUCAACUCCCGCGGGAUCUCAUCAAGUUUAAAAAGUGGAUCGUGGUUGUUACAGCGGUGAUUACGCUCCAAGUGGCGUGGAUCGACGUGGUGGUGCAGCCGCGGUACUACAUGGCGGGUCUAUCCCUAGUUAAUUUCGUGAUGCCGAGGUUGUUUCAACGGUGGUUUGAGUCUGUUGGUGAGUCUGUUGAGCAGUUGAAUGGGUUGAAGUACAAGUAUAAAAACGUGUGA